GGUUUACUAUGAUACCAUAGCUAAUUAUCCAUCUCUUCUCUCUCCUACCGUACCGGUACGAGUAAUGUACUCGAGCACAGUACUGGUACGGUAUCCCGCUGCUAAAUGUCAUCCUGCAGCACACAUCUAAGCAAGGGCAGCCAAUCCAAUCUACACAGGGAUUUUUCCCUUUCUUUCUUGCUUUCUUUUUCCGCUCCCUUUUCCGCCCUCGGAAAUCCGUUCCUGAAAAAAACAAAAUUUCCCCUUUUUCUUUCCUUUCUUUCGAGCCCAUGACGAACAGAUGGAAAGGUCAAAGCCAUGACAUGGUCUGGCAAGUGGAACCCGGAAGUGUGAGCAGGCGGGGUCCGGCGGAUGUAACCGCCUUUUUUGUUCUCAUGCUCAUGGCUGAGGGGAAAACCUCAGCUCCCGGGUUCGGCACCGUACCAGCAUUUUGGGGAAUCAGGUACUGUACUAGCACGGUACGAAUACUCGAGCACAGUAGAACUAUUCCAACCUACCGUGCACAGACGAUAGCCGCAUCACAAAGUUGCAAGGCGCCGCCGCGACUUCAUCGGGAGGUCUUCGCUUCACCCUCCUAAGGGUAGCAAAUAAACAUACACACAUACGGUAGUCUAACUCUUGGAACAGGUGGACCUUCUUUGACAAGCUGGACCAUUUACAAGUACCGUAUGAUAAGUUCUGUACUGUACCGUACUUGUGUCGAACCCCCACAUCGGAACUUACGUUCUGAAUUUUGCGAAUGACCUCUUCUUGCUUGCUUUCUUUUCUGCUGUUCCCUUGUUACUUUUUUAGUCUCACCUGGCUCGGGGCGGUGGGGGCACGCCCUCAAUUCCUAUCACCUUUCUGGCUGGAUAAGAUAGGAUAUAGUAGUUAGCUAGUGAGGGAGGGGGGAGUUUCUGGCUGGGGUUGUUGUGAAUGAAGGAAGUGUUACAGAACAGGAUCUAGUCGAGUAGUUUUCUCUGCUGGGAGCACUCUACUGCGUCGUGCUGUCUCGAGUACAGUACGAUGCGGUAAGUUGACGCAGCCGGGAUUGUUAGGAAUGGACCCCACGAGGACAGGAUUGUGCUGCCGGGAGGAUUGGCGGUUGGCAAGGUACCACCGGUAUGCACAGUCGCGCCUCGCUAUCUCGGGCGACCUAAGAAUCUGUCCGAUACCAGUACACCGGGUGAUCCUGGGCAAGAGGUUAGGUUCUGGCACAGAGAAAUUUGGGACCCAAAGAGAUUCAUAAUAUGGGACAGCUUGGUACUCGAGUACCGUAUGCGGAUUAUCGAGAUCUGGGAUAGCGGCAGGGUGUAUGAGUGUACUAUAGAGUACGGUAGGAUGAUGAUGGUGGUAUCAUAGUUAGAAUACCGGUAUUGUACCGGCAUGCGCGGUUGGUACAGUACCGGUACGAGUACUAGUACAAUCGUGCUGGACUUGUACUUGUAACCUUAGAUCCCCGAGCUGCAGACGGUACCUUAUUUUUCUGCUGUCAGCUGCAGGUAUGAUAAAGUUUUGGGAUCAAAUUUCUUUCCCUUUUUUCCCUCUCCCUUUUUCCUUUCUUUUUUUCUCUUCUUUCUUUUUUCCUUCUUCUUUUCUUUUCACUCACUUUGGCACUAUGCGGCCUAUGCGGUUCUCUCGCCUUUCUCGCAUCAUGUGCGUCGCCGAUUUGGAGAUCGGGAGAUCUGGUGGGAGGAGUUGUCAUGAGAGGAGGGAGGGGUGAUCAAGUGAAAGGAGGAGUAAAAAAGAGGUGGGGGAGGAUGGGUCUAAGUACCGUAGCUUAUGCCGGUACCGGUAUUUUGUAAUUUAAUUCUCACCUGCUCUGUCGAGCACCGAUCACAUAUAUAGGUAGAUAGAAGAAUUAUAACUAGAAAGAAA